AUGCCUAUCACUCUCACAACAGCCGCACACCCACCUCGCAAAUGGGAGAAGCGGAAUGUAUCCACAGCCGAGGAACUACUAGCACGCUCCUCCCCGAAAGACCAACGCCAAAGCCAAAAUCUAAUUCAGAGCUCCUUUUCCCAAAGCUCUUUUCGCGAUUCUCAUGUCUCCGCCUCUGAUAACGGAUUCGUCUGGUCCAUUUUUGACGCCUAUAGCCACCAUCAUAAUUUGAUUAUUCGACCUGAAGAUGUCUGGUUCUCUAUUUUGACACAACUCACCUUCUUUAUCAAUGCGCAUAGCGAAGAACUUCGAUCCCUCUUUGUGGCACACGAAGGGCAGAAAGAGCUCAAAGUCUUUGAUGUGGGAACGAUCCAUAGUGUUGACUUUGGCGAAGUGGCUAUGUAUAUGACCGAGGAGAUUGAAAAGAAUGUCUUGGUUGAAGACCUACGAACAUGGAUCAUGCCAAACUUCAGCACUACAACUGAGACGGACAAUGUGGUCGCGGCAAUUUUGAUGAUGGGUUCCAUGCAGAAAUACUUCUCUUAUACAGUGAUGUUGCUGUGUGGAAUACCCUCGGUUACCUUGUUAGGAGAAAGAGAGGACUGGCAAAAACUUACAGAAAGGCUUGACAUGAUGUAUCAACUGGGAGACGAGCCAGCCCGAUUUGCCCAGCUUCUUCGCCCAAUUCUCAAUAACUUUGUUGCCUGCUUUGACAAUCCAGAAGCCCCCGACGUACUCGAUUUCUGGAGCAGGUGUGCCCAUAAGGAGUGUAUGGGUAGUGGCCCGGAAUAUCUAUGUGGCUGGGUUUCGGUCUUCUGUUUCUGGAGUGAAGAGGGAGACUUGCUUCAUCGAGAGCCAAUCUAUCCCGUCGGCUCCCGAGAGUUUGAUGCACAUUCGUCAUCAGGGUUGAAGGAUGCUUUGUUGCGCGAAAUCGAUACAGACUCUAUUCCAUCUGGUGUCGUCUCUGUUCCUGUCACCGUCAAUGACAAUGGAGUUAUACAUAAGACUAUGAUGUUGGCUGGGCUUUUUGGCAUUCAGGCCACAUCAAGCGGGGCUAUGUUGGAUGGCAAGAGAGACCACGAGGGAGAAGAUUCAUAUCAAUUUACUAGUGAAUGGGAGGUUCUGACGGUCCCUUAUACCAUUUCCCCUGCAACAGAAGAGGCUGGGCUGGACUCCAUUCAGCCAAUCUCAGGGUGGAUGAUGUACGAAAAGCGACCCGCAGACCAAGAGGAAGGACAUCGCCAUGAGGUUGAGCACCUUCGAUAUCAUGAUUCGAAUGAUUUUUCUUUUGAUAUUUCCAAGAGCUCUGAGCUGAUCAUCGCAAAGGAAGAGUUGAAGGCCUCAUAA